AUGGCAUUGCCAAUUUUAUCUGUCGCCUUGCCAGCACAGACUUCGGAAGCGACAGAGUCGAUCGCGCCUGAGCUGAAGGGCAAACGCUCAUUUGUUGAGCGUGAUGGUGUCAAGAGAACAAUUUUCGAGCACGAAGCCACUGGUGCAAAGAUUGAUUUUGUGACCAACUCUGGCAUCUGUGAGACGACCCCCGGAGUCAAUCAAUACUCUGGUUAUCUCUCAGUUGGAAGCAACGAAAAUAUGUGGUUCUGGUUCUUUGAGGCUCGAAAUAAUCCAACCACUGCACCGCUCGCGACUUGGUUUAAUGGUGGUCCAGGAUGCUCAUCAAUGAUUGGGUUAUUCCAGGAAAAUGGGCCAUGUCACUUCGUCAACGGUGCUUCAACACCGUCACUGAAUCCAUACAGCUUUAACGAAUACGCAAACAUGCUGUAUGUUGAUCAGCCCAUUGGUACUGGAUUUUCAUACGGUACAGAUCCCGUGACUUCAACUGUGACUGCUGCUCCAUAUGUGUGGAAAUUGCUGCAAGCUUUCUUUGCGCAAUUCCCACAGUAUGAAAAUCGCGACUUUGGUAUCUUUACCGAGUCUUACGGUGGACACUACGGCCCAGAAUUUGCUUCUUACUUCGAGUCCCAAAAUGCCGCCAUUGCGUCUGGCUCCGUGACCGGCCAAAACGUUUCUCUUGUCGCUCUUGGAAUCAACAACGGCUGGUACGACCCAAUCAUCCAAUACAAGGCCUACGUAGACUUCAGUUACAACAACACCUACACUCCUCUUAUCAGCGCAUCACAACAUACCUCAUACCUGAACACGUAUACCAAAAGCUGCUUGCCCCUUCUUCAAAAGUGCCCCGCAACCACAGGAACCAAUUCUGCUUGCGAAAAUGCUGAUAACACAUGCUACAACGACAUCGAGGGCCCACUUUCCAGUGUCGCUGAUUUCGACGUGUACGACAUUCGUGCUCCAAGUAAUGAUCCUAACCCACCAGAGACGUAUGUCAACUACUUGCAGAGUUCGGCUGUCAUGAGCGCAAUUGGUGCUCAGAGCACUUAUUCUGAGUGCCCUGAUGCCCCAUAUGAGAAGUUUGCCAAUACAGGUGAUGAUGCACGAUCAUUCCUCUCCACCCUUUCAACCGUCGUCCAAUCCGGCAUCACGACCCUCAUCUGGGCCGGUGAUGCAGACUGGAUUUGCAACUGGUUUGGUGGUCUUGCCUCUGCAGAAGGAAUCACCUACUCCGGCUCCUCUGCAUUCAAAUCCAAAGCCGUGACCAGCUACACCGUCAACGGUGUUGCGAGCGGCACUUUCAAGAGCGUGGGUAACCUGAGCUGGUUGAGAGUCUUUGGAGCGGGACAUGAAGUUCCGUUCUACCAGCCUGCGGUGGCAUUACAGGUCUUUAAGCAGACGAUGAUGAAGGGUCCAAUUGCGAGCACGUGA